AUGAUGAAUAAUUUUAUCAUAAUAUGUUGUUUUGCGCUUGCAUCAGCUCAAUAUAAUUAUGGACCUCAAAGUCAUAUCAACAAUGAUGGCACAUUAGAUGGUAGCAAUUCGGAUGCUCUGUCAGUUGGAGUUCAACCGGUGGUAGAGGAAUACAACAAAGCCUUUUACUCUUACAGUGCUCCCGAACAAGAAUUCGAUGACAUAAAUGCUGACGAGCAUAUAGCUAAUGCCUUAAAGAAGAAUUUACGUGUGAUUUUCAUUAAAGGUCCUGAAAAUACUGGCCUCGAAAAUGCCGCUCUACAAUUGGCUAAAGGUGCUGCCGAUGAUCGUACUGCCAUUUAUGUUCUUAGCAAACAAUCUGAUAUCGGUGCCCUGGCUAAUCAAUUGCAGCAGCUUAAAGCCAACAACGCUGUCAAGCCUGAAGUCCACUUUGUCAAGUAUCGUACACAAGCUGAUGCGGAGAAUGCUCAGCGUACCAUUCAAUCUCAAUAUGAUAGCUUACCUGGUGCCUCCAGUAGUAAUGGUCCUAGUUCUGCUUCAGUUUUGGACUUUGCCUCGAAAUCUGCUUCGGCGUCAGCAAUUAAUAAUGCUGCUGCUAGUGCUCCAGUUCCUGCUCCAACUGCUGCCCCCGCAAGAAGUUACAUUCCAUCAAGACACGCAUACUUGCCACCUAGCAAAAGAUUCUAA